GCUGUGGUCUCCCAGCCAAGCAUGAUAAUGCUUGAUUUGCAGGGGAGGGGGGCCUCCAAAGGCCUUUAGGUCCAGGCUCCAAAAUUACUUAGGUGCACCUCUGGCCAUUGGUGGAGGGAGUCAGGCAAGCAGGCAAGGGAUGGUCCCGGGCCUGUCAGCAACCUGAAGGGAACGAGCGGCCAUGGCAGUGGCAGCAGCGAAGAAGGGCCCGGUCAACCACUGCUGCUGCAGCUCCUGUGGGGAGAAGCAGGAGUGGGGCUCAGAAAGAGAAAAGAAAUAUGAGCACUGUGGACUUGAAUGGAUUCGAACAGAAUGGUUUCAUUGUGAUAUCUCUUCUUCACCGGGUCACUAAGCAAAGAAUUCUCAAGUUACCCGAUACAUAAGGGCUCUGCAUGACAGCUCAAGAGAACAGAGAGUGGCUGACAAGUGCGGCAGCAGCUCUCGAGGACACACCAGACUGUAUCUUGCUGAGGAGAGAGCUCUUAAGCACAGCACUUCAUUCUUUCCACCGCAUUUCUUCUGCCUGGGGGGGUGGGGAUGAAUAUUGUUAUCCAUAAAGAUACCUGAAUAUUCUUCUACAUCCAGAGGAACACAGUUUCUCCACAAUGAUGAUGACUAGCUUGGCCUUCAGCACCUGCUGUUUCUCCUUGGUUUUCACAGCAAGGAUGUUUCAUGGUGCUGAUGCAGCACAAGGGAAAUAUGCCCAGAUGCUCUUUAAUGAACUUUUUGAAGACUAUUCAAAUGCUCUUAGACCAGUGGAAGACACAGACACAGUACUGAAUGUUACACUUCAGAUCACACUUUCUCAAAUUAAAGAUAUGGAUGAGAGAAAUCAAAUUUUGACAGCCUACUUGUGGAUUCGACAAACUUGGUAUGAUGCCUAUCUAAAGUGGGACAAAGAUGAAUAUGAUGGACUUGAUUCUAUCCGGAUCCCCAGCAAUCUUGUAUGGAGACCAGACAUUGUCCUUUAUAACAAGGCCGAUGAUGAUUUUUCUGAGCCAGUGAACACUAACAUUGUAUUGAGGUAUGACGGGAAGAUUACUUGGGAUGCACCAGCUAUAACAAAAAGUUCAUGUGUGGUGGAUGUAUCUUACUUCCCCUUUGAUAGCCAACAGUGCAAUCUUACCUUUGGUUCUUGGACCUACAAUGGCAAUCAGGUAGACAUAUUCAAUUCUUUAGACAGCGGCGACCUCUCAGACUUUAUAGAAGAUGUGGAGUGGGAGAUUCAUGGCAUGCCAGCUGUUAAAAACGUGAUAACCUAUGGGUGCUGCUCAGAGCCUUAUCCAGAUGUUACCUUCACCCUUAUUUUGAAAAGGAAAUCAUCUUUUUAUAUAUUUAACCUGCUGCUUCCUUGUUUAUUGAUCUCUUUCCUGGCUCCCCUGGGAUUCUACCUCCCAGCAGACUCUGGAGAAAAAGUAUCUCUAGGAGUUACUGUUCUGCUUGCUCUAACUGUAUUUCAGCUAAUGGUUGCAGAGAGCAUGCCUCCUUCUGAAAAUGUACCCUUGAUCGGUAAAUAUUACAUUGCUACUAUGACAAUGAUCACAGCAUCCACUGCACUGACAAUCAUAAUAAUGAAUAUCCACUACUGCGGCUCAGGAGCCAAGCCUGUCCCUCAGUGGGCAAGGGUGGUCAUUUUGGACUAUAUGUCAAAAAUCUUCUUUGUUUAUGAUGUUGGUGAAAACUGCACGAGUUCUCAACAAGUGAAAGACCAAGACCCCAAUUUGAAGCAAAUUAAUAAGCGUCCAAAAGAACAAGACAAAUAUGAGGGGGCAAGGAGGCCCCUUGCUAAAAUCAGAAGCAAUGACACUGACCUCCAAAAAAACCUGCCUGGAGACCUGAGUGAUGGAUAUGGAGUCCCAUGUGAGAAUACAAGAGACAUUGUUAACUGCUGUUCCUGUUACAGAAUACUGAUCAAGAAUAUUGAAUAUAUUGCGAAUUGUGUGAGACGCCACAAGGCAAACCAUGCAAAAGGGGUGGAGUGGAAAAAGGUUGCAAAAGUGAUGGACAGAUUCUUCAUGUGGAUUUUUUUUAUUAUGGUCUUUUUUAUGAGUGUGCUGAUUAUUGGCAAAGCCCUUUAAUUGGAAGUAGAAUCAGUGUUGCAACUGGAUUACAUGUUCCUCAAGCACUCCCCAUAAUGUAAUACCAGAUCCUUUAGCUCAAUGACAAAAUAAUGUUCCCUGCUGCCCCCAGAAUUUCGUUCCUGUCCACUCAAUUUUGCUGCUGGGCAGAAUAUGUAUAUUUAGGAUGUGUCUGCAAUUCAAAUCACACUUCACUUGGAAACAAACUAAUUUGUAGUCAAUUUCAAGUAAAUAAGCCUAGAACCGACACCUGUUUGCUCAGUUUGCCUGCCUUGAUUGUCCUCUGAUGGUCAUGGAUGUAUUCGGAGGGCGGGGAGAGACUAUAGAAAUCCAGUAUCUUCAAGAAAAGCCAGCAGUAUAGUGGACCAAGUGCAGCACUUGGACCUGGGCACCCACAUCUAAAGCCACUCUGAGCUUACUGGGUGGCUUAAUGCAAGACUAUCUCUCAGCCUAACCUACCUCAUAGGAUUGUUGUGAGGGUAAAAUCCCCAUCAAACCCAAACUUCUUGGAGGAUACAAAUUUGAGAAAUAAUAAAUAAGGAUACGCUUACUUAAAAACUGGAGCCACUCUGCUCUGGAAAGCACAUUCGCCACGCUCUUUUCUUCAGGACUGAGCUCAUGGGGAACAGGUUCUGUCAAACUGAAGCAGAAAGGGUUGUGCAUACUGUUGACUGGAUGAGUGUCUGUCUGCGACAUCGUGAAGCACCUGUCUCCUCUCUUCAAGGAGCAUAUUUUUCACCUCAUAGCAACCAUUUUAAAAAUAUGAUUCGGUGCUGUAUAAUUGUUUUAAUUCGUAGUCAUGUAAACAGUGUUUUAAGCAAACAACAACAAAAAGGCAGAGAGCCCACCUGAAGCAUAGGGGUUGGCAGUGGAGUGGAAGGACCAAACUGGAGAGGAACUCACUUUGUGCUGUGGAGUAAAUACCUCAUUCGAAGAGCGAAAGCAGAAGAAAGCUGGACUCAGCCAACAGAGACAAAAACCUGUACUGGCUACUGUUUUUAGGCAUCAGUUGCAUUCUCUUAAUGUUGCUUAGCUGCAAAUUGUAUAAACAACUUUAUUGAUACUAAGGGAGAAAUAUGAUUGAGCCAAAUCUAGAGCUGCUGCAAUGCCCAACUUAGAACCUCAGAGACUAUUCCCACAUAUUAACCAUGAACAUUGACACUGAAAAAAGCCACUGUGAGUGGGAAUGUACAGAUCAUGUGCAGCUGAUCUGCCAUGUAAAUAUCCAGUUCAGACUUUGCCCUCCAUAUCCCAAAUGCUGCUUGUCUUCUUGACAUUCUAGAUUCCAAAUGUGAUAGCCAUAAAAAUGCCUGAACUGUUAAUGUCUCUUGGAUAAGAUCUGCCCUUCUUGAUAAUUCUCUGUACAGUUAGGGUUUCUAAUGUAGAAGUUAACAUGACAAACUCUCAUCCGGUGUUUAAAAAAUGGGUACAAUGUACCUAGGUAGAGGAGAAACAGGAGCACACCAGCUUGCCAUGUCCCCAAGUGCCGCCAGCACACUCCAUGACCACAUUAUCUGCUCUACCUAAGGUCUGAGCUUGUCCGCAGAGACAAGCACUGAAUGCAGGGAGACUUUCUGCUUGUGUUCAGGAUUCCAGGGGAAAGUAGAGGCAGGCUUUCCAGGAGAAAGAUGAGACGUGGAGUGUGUCAAAAUGGGUGUGUUUGGCCAGCCAGCACACACUCGUUGCCCCUCUGUCCAGGUACACUGCACCCAAAAUGAUAACAACA